CAUCUCACAUUUGAUCACUAGGGGGCGAUAAUGGACUUUGAAUUUCCUCUUCUACCUUGGACCGAACAAUGAAUAAGCGCUGCGUGGCGUUUAUCUUAUCGGAGAGAAAGUCUUCACAAAAUAAUUACAAUAGCUACGUCGUGAAAAAUGUUAAGUUAACACACUUGGUUAAUUGAUAGUCUUCAUAGCAGUUUUUUUUUACGUAUUUAUCUCCAAUUCGUUUGAAACUGUUGGGAAAGUUAGCUUAUUGGUAGCGUUUUUAAUGCACUCGAGUAGACGCUUUGAUUUCCCAGCUUUACCGUGAGCCUGAACGUAUCUGAAGAAAAGGAGGCUCAUUAGUUAGCCUGUUAGCAACUGCGCAAGGAUGCAACUGGCUCUAAGUAAAACAUUUGGCCAGAAGCCGGUUAAAUUCCAGCUAGAACAGGAUGGAGACUUUUACAUGGUCGGCUCGGAGGUUGGUAACUAUCUGCGUAUGUUCAGAGGCUCUCUGUAUAAAAGAUAUCCAUCUUUAUGGAGGAGGUUAGCAUCGGUGGAGGAGAGGAAGAAGAUUGUAGCUUCGUCACACGCCACCAGUGUGACUCUGCUGAAGGCGUCUGAAUGUGAAGAGAUCUUUGAGGGCAACGAUGAGAAGUACAAGGCGGUGUCCAUCAGCACCGAGCCGCCAGCUUACCUCAGGGAGCAGAAAGCAAAGCGGAGCAGUCAGUGGGUUCCCACGCUGCCCAACAGCUCCCACCACCUCGACGCCGUGCCUUGUUCCACCACCAUCAACCGCAACCGGAUGGGACGCGACAAGAAGAGGACGUUUCCCCUGUGCUUUGAUGAUCACGACCCGGCAGUGAUCCACGAGAACGCAGCGCAGGUGGAGUCGCUGGUUCCCAUUCGACUGGACAUGGAGAUAGAUGGACAGAAACUGAGAGAUGCUUUCACGUGGAACAUGAACGAGAAGCUGAUGACGCCAGAGAUGUUUGCAGAGAUCUUAUGUGACGACCUAGACCUGAAUCCUCUCGCCUUCGUCCCCGCCAUCGCCUCAGCCAUCCGUCAGCAGAUCGAGUCGUACCCGACCGACAGCAUCAUGGAGGAGCAGGCGGACCAGAGAGUCAUCAUCAAG